AUGGAUGCUAAAAAGGUCAUUGUUUAUUUUUGCAAUAGUGAAGUAACUGCCGGUAAAACCGCAGACAACCCCCUCCUUAUCUACCUACCAGAUGUCAGUGGGAAACAGUGGUUUAGGAAACCAGAUGGUGAUAGUAUUAAUAUAUGGAGUUCAGUUUCUGAUGUUAGUCUUAAAGAUGAUACGAACAAUAAAAGCAUAGUAAACUUCUUGGAUACUAUUGAAAGUGUCUGUCAACCACCGAAAGUAACUAUAAACAUCUAUAAUAGGCCAGAUAGUGGAAUAAUCUAUACCACUUAUGAUUGUUGUAAUUCAUCUAAAAAAUCGCAAAUUAUAAAUGUAAAUAGGAAUCACCACCGUAGGGGUAUUUUGAAUGGCUUUACUGAAUACACUCACAGAUCACAGGAAAGAGCGAGCAAUUAUUUCACUGUUAAAGAGUUUAAAUACAAUACUCAAUCUAUCACAGAAGGGUUACGAGGAAUGUAUAAAGUCACAUCGGUAUCUGUCUACUACUGGACUAUUUUGGAAGCUCCUACUAGGAAGGGUCCUCCAGAUGAGAGAGGCAGACCUCUUCUUAUUAAAGUGGUCGUUUAUGAACCUGGUAAACACCUUGAGGAGAAAUGGUAUGAAAAUAAUAGUGAAAAUUAUAAUACCAAAUGGAAUAAGGUUGGUGAUGAUGCAGCUCUCAACCUUUCCUCCGAUAAAACUAAGCUAAAAUAUAAGUUGGACAUCCUAAACUGUAAACUCAAUAAUGCGGUUGUCAUAAAUGUAAGUAAGAAACCAGAUCCCCCUGGUACAGGUACUAAGACUUAUGAUGCUUGUGAGGAAAACACCUUGGAUCCUUCUCACGGUACUCAUAAAAUGGAAGUUGAGGAUACUCCUGUGGGUAAACUUGGAAGUUAUGAAUGUUACACUCACACUCUAAAGGAUUCAUCCAGUGGACCGUUUCAUGUAGUAUCUUUUAAGAAUGGAUCUCAUAUAAUAACCUUCGAUGGACCGGGAACUCCCACUCUACCCAUUUUGGAUGUGAAGGAAGUUAAAGUAUACAUCUGUAAGGAAGAUGAGAAGCCCCUUCUCUUGUUCUACAAAACUGGGAGUUAUCAUCACUGGUAUAAGAAUAAUGGUCCUAAGGAUCCUGCUGGUAAAUGGGAAAAGGUUAAAGACACUCCAGAUUCUCCACAAGACCACGAACAGAUCAUUGAAGAGAUCCAUAUGUACUGA